UUCUGGCAACGAUUGAGUUAAGCUGUGGAUGGGAUUGGCAUUUGACUAGUGCUUGUUAUGGAUUUUGUAGGCAUGUGUACCAUGUAAUGAGAGGACAAAAAACUGACGAACUUACGACUAGGAUCUAAUUCACAAUUUUAAACAUUAUGAUGGAAUAAUUACACGAAGAAUAAUGUUUAACUAUUUUGGAAGUGUCUAAUAAUGUAAGAAGUGGAUAAUCUGGUUUAUCAAUAUGUUAGGGACAUAUUAUCUAAGAAAGUAUAAAAUCAUGAUACUUUUGACUACACUGUUUUUUUAUUUAGGUUGUGGUAUAACUCUUAGUUUUAUACGAAUGGAUUGCGUAGCUGCUUCACAGCAAUUAGCAAAAGAAGCACCAAGUAAUUUUGACAAAAUAGAGUAUGCAGUGUUGGUUUUAAGUGGUCCAGAAUAUGAAGCAAAAAGAGAUGUUAUUAGGGCUACAUGGGCUAAAUUUGUAGGAAAUAUUUUUAUUGAAAAUGAGGUGAAGUUGUAUAAAUGGAAUCAUACAUGGGUUGGACAUACUCCUCAACGAGAUUUCAUCAAAGUGUUUUUUGUUGUGGCGACUCAAGGUUUGACUGGAGUAAUGUCAGAGAGAUUAAAAUCUGAACAUAUUAGAUCAGAUGAUUUACUUCUUCUAGAUAAUUUGGAAGAUAGCUACAAAAACCUUGCUGUGAAAUUGAAAUAUUCCCUGCAAUGGGCACAGUCACAUUUGAAAAGUCUAAAGUAUUUAAUUAAAUGUGACGAUGAUUCUUUCCUUAGAGUUGACUUGAUUGUUAAAGAUUUGGAAGCAUUUGCUCCUAACAUGAAUGAUCCAGAAAUACAUAAACACAUAACCAAAAAGCAUUCAUCAUAUGAGAAUAAAGGCUUAUACUGGGGCUAUUUCGAUGGGCGUGCCAGAGUGUACCUUAAUGGGAAAUGGGAAGAAAAAGACUGGUUUCUCUGUGAUACCUACCUCCCAUAUGCAUUGGGAGGUGGGUAUAUCAUAUCCAAAAGUAUUGUGGAUUAUAUAGCUAGGAAUGCUGACUUUUUAAGUCAUUACAACUCCGAAGAUGUGUCAAUGGGUGUCUGGACAGCAGCCCUUGAAGGCAUCAACCGAGUACACGAUAUACGUUUUGAUACUCAAUGGAAGUCCAGAGGCUGCGAAAAUAAUAUGCUUGUGCGACACAAGCAAACAAUCAUCGACAUGUUUCAAAUGUAUAGGUCUCUGGUCGAUUCACAUGGAGAAAAAUUGUGUAGGACUGAAAUUGCUUUAAGCAAAUAUUACUUCUAUGACUGGAAUGUUUUACCGAGUUUGUGUUGUAAAUGAUUUGGGACCCAAAUAAUACUAAAUAAAAGAAAAAGUACUUUUAUAUGGCGCUAAAUACUACAUUUCAAAUUUACCAAUGAAAUACUUCAAUUACCAAUGAGUUCAGUCGUAGGAUAGAAGAACACAGUUCUUAUGGGCGCUCUGAAAACAAACUUUCUGCUACUCAAAUUGCCUGGCAGUCGCACCAACGAGCUCAGACAUAAGCCUAACUGCGAGAAAGGUGGUCGUUCCCCCACGGUAUCAUAAUCACCCGGUAGCAAGAGAGACGGAGAACGACGGCAGCUCCGCCAACUACGUAUGAAAAUGGGUGCAGACCCCAACUUGGAAACGGCAGACAAAAUCCUGCCCUUCUAUCCUACGUCUGAAUUUUUUGAUAUGUUUUUUAUAAUCGGAUAUAGUCUAUUUUCUAUUGUGUCAAACUGUUAGAUUUAAAUGUCAAUGUCAGAUCGUUUUUGACGUAACAUAUGAAACUCAUUAGGCGCUUGAGACAUUGACUUUUCAAGAGCCGUGAUCCGCUAAUACUAAACGAAUUUAUAAAGAAAUGACAUUAGCUCACGCUUUAUCACGUGGCUAUUUUCAUACAAAUCCCUUUGGCGGUAGUGUCAAGCCUGUCGAAAAGUGAUUCAGUUAACCACAGGGUUAAGGGUAUAUACUUAACAAAAUAUAUUUUGACAUUUCAUAAUGUUUACCAACCUAGUAAAUCGAUUUGUUUUGUAAUGUAAAAUAUCAGGAGUACUGUUUUUUUAGUGUUUCGCUUAGCGUUCGAAAGUGAGAUUAAUAUACCGGAAAGUUUAUACGAUUUUAAGGUUUGAAAAACGAUUUUUCAAAGUCGUUUCUAAUUUGCUAAUAACUUAAUAAUUUACAUAAGUUUACUAUAAUUCUCAGUAGCCAAUUCUUCCUUUAACCGUUUACUAGAUAUCAAUAUUUAUUUAGAAUUUGACAUCCUCUGUCAAUAGAUAUAUAUAGAAUAGAUAGAUUAUAAAAAUGGUAAUCAAAAUGAAAUACUUACCUUUAGAUGAGUGUCAUUAAGAUUGGUACUUUUAGAAAGAAUUUUUCGGUCAUAUUUAAAAAAAACUUACGUCGUGGAUAUGUAGUUGGUAUAUAGAACAUUUCUUUACCUAAAAGCCUGCCCAUACAUUCUUGAUUUAAGAUAAUCUGUUUUUUUUUAAUCUGGGCAAACUUUCAAAUUUUUGAGGCAGUGCCGCUCACCGAGGUGGUGCGUGGAGUCCAAUACCCACUUAAGUGUUCGAACCAAGUGAGUAAUUUCUCCGUUCAUGGACACCCACGCUACCAAAGGGCUCGCAAGUGAGCUGCCAUAUUUGGAUACAUUACAUUGUUUUAAAAAUUCUUCAUAUUUAUCUAAAGUAGUAGAAACGUUUGUAUAAAGAACUAAGAUGUUUUUCAGGAAAGUUUCUGUGUGUUUAAAUCGAUGUUGAUUGCCUUAAGUUAAUCUUGUUUUUCCCUCAAUUUCUAGUCAAAUAUAUAAGGAAUAAAUGACUUUUUAAACAAU